UAACCACUGAUGUCAUCAGUAAAGUGCCGAUGCCGGUGGCGUGGGUUAUCUUUUCUUGACAGUCUAUCCGUUUUUACAGUCUGUGUUUUGGAAUAUCUAAAUGACGGAGCGAAAGGGAACAGCGAAGUUGGACUUCCUCAGAAAGAUAGAGGAGGAAAUCCAACAGAAAUGGGAGAAGGAAAAAACAUUUGAUUGUGAUGCGCCCACCACUAUUGGGGAAAGCACAAACAAAAACAAGUAUUUUGUCACUUUCCCCUACCCUUACAUGAAUGGAAGGCUGCAUCUCGGUCAUACCUUCUGCCUUUCGAAGUGCGAGUUUGCUGUUGGUUUCCAGCGUUUGAAAGGGAAGCAAUGCCUGUUUCCAUUCGGGCUGCAUUGCACAGGAAUGCCCAUCAAAGCCUGUGCUGACAAGCUGAAGAGGGAGAUGGAGGUUUACGGCAACCCACCUCAGUUUCCCGACGAAGAGGAGGAAGAGGAGGAAAAGCCCAAGUUUGCGGAUGAGUUCGUCAUCAAGGACAAAUCUAAGGGCAAAAAGAGCAAGGCAAUGGCAAAGGCUGGAGGGUCUAAGUUCCAGUGGGACAUUAUGAAGUCUCUCGGCUUGAGCGACCAGGAGAUUGUGCCAUUUGCCGACGCCGAGCACUGGUUGGAGUACUUCCCUCCCCUUGCCGUGAGCGACUUGAAGAUGAUGGGUGUUAAGGUGGACUGGCGUCGCUCCUUCAUCACCACUGACGUGAACCCUUUCUACGACUCCUUUGUGAGGUGGCAGUUUGUCACCCUUAAAGAGAGGAAGAAAAUAAAGUUUGGUAAAAGGUAUACCAUUUACUCACCCAAAGAUGGACAGCCGUGUAUGGACCACGACAGGCAGUCUGGGGAGGGUGUUGGACCACAGGAAUAUACCCUCAUCAAGAUGAAGGUGGUCCGACCCUACCCUGCGAAAUUAAGCACCCUCACAGGCAGGAACAUCUUCCUGGUGGCGGCGACGCUCAGGCCAGAGACCAUGUUUGGCCAGACUAACUGCUGGGUCCAUCCGGACAUCAAAUACGUUGCCUUCGAGUUGGCAAGUGGAGAAGUGUUCAUCAGUACACGCCGGUCUGCCAGAAACAUGUCUUACCAGGGCUUCACCAAGGAGAACGGCAAGGUCCCGGUGAUCAUGGAUGUUCUGGGAAAGGACAUCCUUGGAUGUGCUCUGAGUGCCCCUCUGACAUCUUACCAGACCAUCUAUGCCCUCCCCAUGCUCACUAUCAAGGAGGACAAAGGCACUGGAAUUGUCACAAGUGUGCCGUCCGAUGCACCAGAUGACAUCGCGGCCCUCAGGGAUAUCAAAAAGAAACAGGCGCUGAGAGAGAAAUAUGGAAUCGAGGACAAGAUGGUCUUACCUUUCGAGCCGGUACCCAUUAUUGACAUCCCCGGUUAUGGGAACAUGUCUGCUCCUCUGGUGUGUGACGAGUUGAAGAUCCAGAGCCAGAAUGACCGUGAGAAGCUGGCGGAGGCCAAGGAGAAGGUCUACCUCAAGGGUUUCUAUGAAGGGAUCAUGCUGGUUGACGCCUACAAGGGUCAGAGGGUGCAGGAUGUGAAGAAACCCAUCCAGAAGAUGAUGGUGGAGAAGGGCCAGGCUUUGAUCUACAUGGAGCCGGAGAAGCAGGUGAUGUCGCGCUCGGCAGACGAGUGCGUGGUGGCACUCUGCGACCAGUGGUAUCUGGAUUAUGGGGAUAAGGAGUGGAAGCAGCUGGCCGUGGAAUGCCUGAAGCCAAUGGAGACGUUCUGUGAUGAGACCAGGAAGAACUUUGAGGCCACUUUGGACUGGCUCCAGGAGCAUGCCUGCUCGCGUACCUACGGGCUGGGAACACGGUUGCCAUGGGACCAGCAGUGGCUGAUCGAAUCCCUGUCUGACUCCACUAUUUACAUGGCCUACUACACAGUGGCUCACUUCCUCCAGGGGGGCGUGCUCAAUGGACAGGGGCCCUCGCCUCUAGGGAUCAAGCCAGAGCAGAUGACCAGGGAGGUGUGGGAUUUCAUCUUCUUUAAAAGCUCUCCCUUCCCCAAGACCGACAUCCCCAAGGAGCACCUGCAGAGGCUGAGGAGAGAGUUUGAGUACUGGUACCCAGUAGACGCACGUGUGUCUGGCAAGGACCUGGUGCCCAACCACUUGUCCUAUUACCUGUACAACCACGUGGCCAUGUGGCCCGGCGACAGUGGAAAAUGGCCCCAGGCAGUCCGAGCCAAUGGUCACCUCUUAUUGAAUUCUGAAAAGAUGUCCAAAUCCACAGGAAACUUCCUGACUUUACGCGAAGCCAUCAGCAAGUUCUCUGCCGACGGCAUGCGCAUGGCACUGGCGGACGCCGGGGACACGGUGGAAGAUGCCAACUUUGUGGAGGCCAUGGCGGACGCCGGCAUCCUCCGUCUGUACACCUGGGUGGAGUGGGUCAAGGAGAUGAUAGCCAAUCAGAACAACCUGAGGACCGGGCCGGCCAACACCUUCAAUGACCGCGUGUUCGCCAGUGAGAUGAAUGCAGGCAUCGUUAAGACGGAGCUGCACUACGAGAGGAUGAUGUACAAGGAAGCGUUAAAAAGCGGCUUCUUCGAGUUCCAGGCGGCCAAGGAUAAAUACCGGGAGCUGGCCAUCGAGGGGAUGCACCGGGACCUGGUUUUCCAGUUCAUUGAGAAGCAGACCCUGCUGCUGGCUCCUAUCUGCCCACAUCUAUGCGAAUACACUUGGGGCCUCCUGGGCAAGACUGACUCUCUGAUGAAGGCCUUGUGGCCCGUGGCAGGCCCAGUGGACGAGGUGCUAAUCAGGUCUUCCCAAUAUGUCAUGGAGACAGCCCAUGACCUGAGAAUACGUCUCAAGGCCUACCUGGCACCCCCCAAGAGCAAGAAAGGUGAUGUGAAGCCCCCACCCAAGCCCUCCCACUGCACCAUCUACGUGGCCAAGACGUACCCCUCCUGGCAGCACAGCGCCCUCUCUCUGCUGGGGAAGCAUUUCAAGAACAACAAGGGCUCUCUGCCUGAUAACAAGGUCAUUGCCAUGGAGCUGGGCGCCCUGCCGGAGCUCAAGAAGUACAUGAAGAGAGUGAUGCCUUUUGUUGCCAUGAUCAAGGAGAACCUGGAGAAGAAUGGUUCUAGGGUUCUGGACCUGGAGCUGGAGUUUGAUGAGCGCGCUGUGCUGCAGGAGAACAUCGUUUAUCUUACCAACUCUCUGGAGCUUGAUCAGAUAGAUGUGCUGUUUGCAUCCGAGGCAGAUGACAAAAUAAAGGAGGACUGUUGCCCGGGGAAACCAUUUAGUGUCUUCAGAUCGGAGCCUGGUGUGGCAGUGUCCCUGGUCAACCCCCAACCAUCCAACGGCCUCUUCACCACCAUCAUUGACAUCCGACAGGGCGACAGCGCGGCCAGCAUCGUCCGCAGACUAUCGAAAGUCAACAGAUUCAUUAAAGACCUGUCCAAAGUGAAGCUGAUGCGCUUCGAGGACCCGGUGCUGGGUCCUCGUCGGGUGCCCAUCCUGGGGAGGGAGGAGCAGGGCAAGGUCACAGUCACGGACAAAUCCUCGUUCAGCAUCAGCCUGGCCGACAGGAAGGUCUUCAUGACAGACAAUGGCCUUAGUGUUGAUGUAGGAGACACCCUGGUCUACCUGAUACAAUAGAGUACAGGUCUGGGUACCGUUUCUAUACUUUCACAAGCAGUCCUUUUUCCCUCUUCUUGGGAAUAUAAGUGAUUACCUCAAGGAAGGCAGGAAGGAUGCUUGUUAGCAGUAUUUGAACAGGGUCCCAUGUGUGGCAGAGGGACAAGACCGCGUUUCCCUGCUGUGGAUAUUACUCUGACAGACAGUUCUAUGUACAGCCAGACAGCAGUCUUGCCUUUAACUUUUCUAUUGAAGUGGUUAAAAAUUGGAACGUGUUUCACUCAUCUUACAUGAAAUGCAAUGAUGUUGUUACCAGCGGUUCAGUGUGUCGUAGCGUGGUCAUCUAGUAGUCAGCGAGUAAAGUGUCUGAAGCAGAACUGUGCAGCUCUCUGGCUACUGUGUUUCCACCAGAUCUGACCCUUAUAUUUUGUGUUUGUAUGUGGAGUAGUUCACUGCGCAGGCUUCUUCUAAAUAUGUACCUUCAGCAGUGCUCUUCGUUAGGUCCUUGAACUCCCACAUAGAGUUAUUCCCACAUUGUUUUUCUUCCUCAGGCAUAAUUGUUGCAGGCUGUCUAUGGUGUAAAUUCAUUGUACAAGGGAAAUCAACACGUUUUCUAAAAUAAAAUGAACAUUUGGCAUA